CAUGCUGUUUUUUUUUAUCAUCUUGUAUUCAAUUUUCUAGUUUUCUUUCCCGCAGAAAAAAAAAUACAACUCAAGUUGUAACUUUCAUAUUUUGUAUUUUAUUUAAUUCUGGUGAAAGAUGUCCGAAAAAAAGAAAUCAAGACGUCGUAAGGAUGAAUAUAUUGGACCUGGCGAACAAGAUACUGACCAACCAACAAAACAGGAGUAUAAAAUUGCUAAAUGGCUUCGCAGCAAUGUAAAGACUAAAAAAACAAAAUUUCUUAGUCACAAUGUUGAGUAUUUUACAGCAAAUAAAGCUGUCGACGCAUUGAUGAAAUCAAAAUUCGCAAUUGGCGAAGACUCACUGUUUCCCACACGAGAACAUGCUAUUACAAUGCUCGACACUAUGUUGGAGCACAAAUUUUUCCAUCGUGCAAAAAAAGUUCCAGUUUGCAUUGAUGAGCUUCGUUCGGGAAAAUCUUCAAAACCAAAGGAUACGUCAAGUAAGGACGUAAAAGAACCAACAGAUGAAAAACUGAAGAAUGAGAAGGCAGAGAAGGGCUCUGGCGUAGAAAAAGUAACUGAUGCAGAAAAUGGCAACGCAGAAGUUGGAACACCCACUGACGAACUCCAAGGAAAAGAAAAGCGUAAGAGAAAAAUUCGUCUGGAUAUGCAUCCUGAACAAGUAUUUGUGGAUGGUUCCGAGGCAUAUGUUUGGAUAUAUGACCCUAUCCCAAUUCAUUAUUGGAUUUAUGGCUUAAUAUUAUUGCUUGGAGCUAUUGUGAUAUGUCUAUUUCCAUUAUGGCCGCUAGUUUUGCGCAAAGGUGUAUACUAUUUAAGUGUAGCGGCCGCAGGAUUCCUCGUUUUCAUUCUGGCAUUAACAGUUAUAAGGCUUGUCAUAUUCACUCUGGUGUGGGUCGUUACAGCCGCAAAAUGGCAUUUCUGGAUUUUCCCAAAUCUUACAGAAGAUGUUGGAUUCUUUGCGUCUUUCUGGCCUUUAUAUGAAAGCAAAUACGUUUCGGAUCAAAUCAAGGGAAAAAAUGAUAAAAAACUUAAAAAGAAGAAAAAAGAAAGAGAUAGUGAUGAUGGUGAGGAUGCAGCUGGAGAUGUUCCCCCAUUAGAGCCUGAGAUAAUUGAACAAAUUAAAGAAAAUGAUGCUGAAAUGUUGCUAAGGCAAAGAAAAACGAACAUCAGUAAUGGUGCUGAAAAUAGCGGUGGUGAAAGCAGUGAUUGUCAACAGGAUAUUUCGAAUUCGAAAGGCACGCGAACAUCAUCGGAAGAAAGUGAUGGCUCAGAAUUAGCGGGUAAAGACUAUGAAAUUAUAAAUCCUGGUGACGUUCCGAUUGUCAACUAGAGGGGAAUGUGCUUGUUACUGCGAUAAAAUGUAUAUGAAAAGCUUGUCUUUACUUAUGAAAACAUAAAAAAAAAACUAUAGAGAUGGCAAAUUCUUACAAUAUAAAUAAAUUAAGAAAAGAAAUGAUUUUGUUCCAUUACAGAAUUUGCAAAUUUUUUGCGCAGAGUUCUAAUAUGAACAGCCACUCAUAUUCACAUGUUGCUCCUGGACAAACUAGACGUGCAAUUUGUUUACAUUUAUUUUGCAUUUCUUAUUUUUACAUUUUCAUUUUAAUUUGUUCAAAGUUAAAUCCAAUUAUAUUUUAAAUAAAUAUUCUAUAAAAACGGAAUUAUUGAAAAACGAAUAACAAAAGCAUA